AGGGGGGGGGGGGGGGGGGAUCGAAGCCGGGUGUGGCUGGUUGGCCAGCAUAAAAGAUGCAGCUCAUCCCUCAUAUUUUCACAACUUCUGCUCAACACUCUCUUCAUCCAGACCGGGUCCACAGCACACCAAUCGUCACCAUGACCGCACUGCAGCAAUCCAUGAUGGGAAUCAUUGCAGUCUUCCGUCAAAAUGCUGGCCCGGACAAAACCCUGAACAAGCCUGAGCUGAAGAAACUCCUGGAGGCUGAAUUCGGCGGUGCCCUUGGGAAUGCGAAGGACAAGAAUGUUAUUGAUGAGAUCUUUAAAGGACUGGACCAAGAUGGCAGUGGAUCAGUCAACUUCACAGAGUUUGUCACUAUGGUGGCUGCCCUAACAGCAGCAAUCAAUGACAUGGCAUGAGUUGAUUACAUCACUACUACCAGUAGAUGGUGCUAUCUGUCCUUAAUAAAUAUUUUAUAUAGUU